UACACAACAAACUCAAAACUCAUAUGUACUCUCUAUUUUAUUUUAGCUUUUUGAGAAAAAAAUAGUUAUAUUGGGUGGCUGAGAUGUUCCCUCAUGCAGUGGCACACCAUAGUCGCAUUUCUCACCCUUGAUUUAGCUUUAGCUUUGACCAGCUCUGAGACACUCUCUUAAGUUAAAGAUUCAGAUGGAAAAACUUAAGGAUGUUUUGGCUAUUUUCUCAGAUUGAAACAGAGUCCAUGGUUGGCUCAUGUGAGGAAACGUACGCCAUGCACCUUUCCUACUUUCUGUUUCUGUAAGAUUAGUGUGAAAAGAAAAGGACUCAGGGUCGGGACUCACCAAGGUCUCAAAGCCCGAGUCAUGUCUGACAGUCUUAGCCAAGACAGUGAGACUCAGCCCAUUCCAAACAGAAAGAUAAUGAAAUAUCAGAAGGCAACUAGGCAUUAUAGGAACCCAUAUGCCUGGUUUUGGACUUGAUCGCUUGUCUGGCCAAAGCAGCUCGUGCGAGUCCAAGUUUCAUCUGUUGGAGAAUGAAUGGUUAAUGAAUGCAAUUCUUAAGACCAAUGGUUAAUUUCCACCUUUGAUCGACAAGAAUAGAUGAUGGAUGCCCCAUAGUAUAUUGCAUAUGAUACAAGAAUCAUUAGGCUGGCAACAGGCUGGGUCAAGCUCUAGCCUGCCUAUAGGGCCUUCCCGAACCGGGCCCAUCUUAGAAGCUUAGGCGCAGCCCUAGUCCUAUCUAGGCCGGACCUAUAUUAUUCAAAAGGAAAAAAAGGGAAUGUGUGGCCCUAACCAUAAUUUUUCAGGGCAGAGUCGAGCCCAUUGCCAGCCCGAAUCAUCCACAAUUGGAGUUGAGGUCCACCCCUUGGACUUUUUCACAAAUUGUGGGAAGAUCAGGUUUUACUGCUGGGAUACUGCAGGCCAAGAAAAAUUUGGUGGCCUUAGGGAUGGAUAUUAUAUUCACGGGCAAUGUGCAAUAAUCAUGUUCGACGUGACGGCAAGGCUAACUUACAAGAAUGUACCGACGUGGCAUCGAGACAUUUGCAGAGUAUGUGAUAAUAUCCCCAUUGUUCUAUGUGGGAACAAGGUUGACGUGAAGAAUAGACAGGUAAAGGCCAAGCAGGUCACAUUUCAUAGAAAAAAGAACCUACAAUACUACGAGAUAUCGGCAAAGAGCAAUUACAAUUUUGAGAAGCCUUUCUUAUAUCUCGCAAGAAAGUUAGCUGGGGACCCAAAUCUCCACUUCAUUGCGUCCCCUGCCUUGAAGCCACCAGAGGUUGAAAUCGAUGUUGCACAGCAACAACUAAUUGAGGAAGAGAUACGUAAAGUUGUUGAUCAGCCACUGCCGGAUGACGAAGAUGAGUUCUUCAAUUGAAAGGGAUUCAUUGAAUCGUUGAUGUUUGAUAUCGUUUGCUUUUGCAUAUUUAUGCAAAUCUACCAUUGCAAUCCAAAUGGGGUGAUGCACUAUGAAAGACAAAUCAACAAUGUGAUCCAAGGUCCAAAAUAUUUCAA